UUUAUUUUUAAGGAUUCAUGCUAUAUGUUGUUACGAAUCUACCUUCGAACCAACACAAGGAUGGUCACAUACAACGGAAGAGAUGCAGUUGUUCUUCAGCCCUAUGUCAGUUUGAUUUAGGGAUUUGCGUUGAAUGGUUGUCGAAGUCAGUAGUAUUCUCGUGGAAAUAAAUUUUCUCUAUGUGAAGAUAGGUUAUUCUGCACGAAUAAAUUGUUUUUUCCGAAAUUGUGUGCCAUUUGCAACUAUGAACAGUGAAUAAAAUGAGUAGCCUACGCAUAAAUAAGCAGUGAAAAUGGUGAUAGUUAAUUCAUUGGUGCUAUCAGUAAGGUUCCAUGAAAUAGUUAAAACACAAAUGUAACAACGGAAAAGUUAGCUGCCGUAAAGCUUAGUGAAAAUGGUGAUAUAAAAACUAUACACCGUAUUUUGAAUAUGCUUAAAGGGAAAUAAAUUCGACUGAUGAGCAAGCACGACGCAAAUGAGGUUGAAUGUGAAGUUUUCGUAUCCUAAUACAAAGUGUAAACUGACAGGAUAUCGCAUUGAAUAAAUAUAGUAUCCAUCAUUGAAUGGAAAAUAAUUAUUUAAGCUUGUAGUGACUGAUUUUAAAUCAUAGCGAAUUGAGUAAACUUUCAGUCUCAUUCAUUUUCACAAAUUCAUAAAGUACAGCGUAAACUCGUUCAAUAAUAUCCUGUACAGAUUGCGAUCUAACCAACUGCAACUCAGAAUGAACUUACCAAAACCUGUGCACCAAUUUGUAAGGCUUCAUCAAAAUGAACCGGAUGCAAACGAAAGCUGUUCAAUUCGUUAUAUCAAUCGUAUGUGAAGAAUGAGCAAAACCAAAAUUUGUUUAUAGUGAUGAAUAGAGUUCCACAUUUUAUUAAAUGUUGCAAAAAUGUUGCAGACACAUUUUUUCAUAUUAAAGAAUCCGGAAGUUAUGACCGUUUAGUCGUAAUGGAGGAGUUCUAGUUCAACAGAGUGUUUUGUAUCUAAAGAUAACAAAAUGUAAAAUUUGAAUCAUAACUCCGUGGUAGUGCUAUUUAUAAGCGAGAAAAUCUUCAGUGCAAAAUAUAAUACGAAUAAUUUACGUGUAUCAGAUGAUGUGCAGCGAAUAGGUUUCUGACAUCAGUUAUAAUGUUAAGUGUUUGCAACGAAGACUGGCUGUGAGUCGUAGCAGCAGGAGUAUUGUGUCGACACCGGCAUACCAGUCAAAAUGACGAUGAAAUCGAUGAAAUAUAACGACUGUGAUACAAUAAUGGAUGGCUAUAACCCAGUGCCACCGCCUUUGCCACGAAGAGUUCCUCCAGUAAGGAAUAUUUACGCAGAACCAUUUGCAACUGAGACUAACACAAACAGGCUUCAGCCAACCUUACAUUCAAGUCAGCAACAGAUGUCCCAGGGUAUGUCGAGUACAAAUACUAAUACGGGAUCACGUUUAGGCGGAUCUUCACCUCUAGUAAUGCCAGUAUUCCCCCUCAGAACGUCAAAUUCUGCACAUGCACCUCAUUACUCACCAUACUCUCCGUCAAGGUUUCAUAUAGACAAAAGAUGCCAGCACCGAUGCUCGUGGAAGUGUUUCAGUAUUGCCUUAAUCUUACUAUCCGUGAUACUAACAGCAAUGCUGGGAUAUUUUGCUGCAACGAGCUCUAUGAAACCACGUAGCGACACAUCAAAUUGUAUAUUAGUUCAAGACGUGAAAUCGAGUUCAUCAGACCAGGUUACAUCAGAUUCUGCCAGUUCAACUACUAACCUUGGAACUGUAGCUGGAACGGCGGGGAGCAGCAGCGGAUCUACGAUUUUGCCAACUGAGGAAUCGCUACUAACAAGUACUGCAGACCAUAAUAGUUUUACGACAUCCAAUCAUUAUAGCAACAUACACAACAGUUUAUCACAGUUUAAUCAUCAAGACCAACAGCUGCAACAACAGCAAGUACAAGAUCAGUUCAUGUCCUCAUUGUCCACACAAAAAUGGCCAGCGAUUGUGGAUCUUAAAGGUUUCGAAGAGCACCACCGCACCACUAUUCCACCAUUUCAAUUUUGGAAUGCAGAAUUCCGCAACAAACAUCCUGCUUUCAUUCAGUUUAAUUUUACCUUUCCAUGGGGCGCCAACUUUGCCGUAUAUGGACGACGGAACGUUGGGCCAAGUAUAACGCAAUAUGACUUUGUAGAAUUUAUUAAAGGUGGGCGAAUAGACCAUCGCUUACGACGCAAACGGAGCAUAGCGAAUGACGGCAGUUCAACAAAAAUAGUACAGGAACUAAGCGAGGUGCCAAAGCAGCAAUCCCCAUUUGAAUUACGGCGUUCUGGAGAUUUUGCGUUCACUGAUUUACACUUAGACGAUAUCGAUCAACACAUAAUUUCCAAACGGUCAUCGGAUAACGACAUGCCUAAACUAGACAUGGAUUCAAUGACAGUAAAUGUUACCAUUUUGCAGUACCUAGACGUAGGUCGAUGGUUUUUGUCUGUGUACAAUGACGAGCUCUUGCCACACAGUAUUUCACUAACAGUCGAUGAGGCAGAAGGUAUACGAACAACUUGUCCUAAUGACUGUUCUGGAAGAGGAUCUUGCUAUUUGGGAAAAUGCGAUUGCAUCGAUGGCUACCAAGGCCCCGAUUGUUCCAUAAGCGUAUGCCCGGUGCUAUGUUCAUCGCACGGUCACUAUGGCGGUGGCGUUUGUCACUGUGAAGAGGGCUGGAAGGGUUCGGAAUGUGAUAUACCAGUCGCAGAGUGUGAACUUCCAAGCUGUUCCAAUCACGGACGUUGCAUUGAAGGAGACUGUCAUUGUGAGCGCGGCUGGAAAGGAUUAUAUUGUGAACAACCUGACUGUAUGGAUCCAUCGUGUGCUGGUCACGGCACGUGCGUCUCGGGUCAAUGUUAUUGCAAAGCGGGUUGGCAAGGAGACGACUGCAGCAUCGUUGAUCAGCAAGUAUAUCAAUGUCUUCCGACAUGCUCUGAUCACGGCACAUACGAUUUAGAGAUGGGAUCCUGCGUAUGUGACCGUCAUUGGACUGGAGGAGACUGUUCUCAAGCUGUGUGUAGUCUGGACUGUGGGUCUAAUGGAGUGUGUGAAUCAGGGCGCUGCCGAUGCAAUCAGGGCUGGACGGGUAACUUGUGUGAUCAAUUAAUCUGCGAUACAAGAUGUGCGGAGCAUGGCCAAUGCAAGAAUGGAACAUGCGUGUGCUCACAAGGAUGGAAUGGUCGGCAUUGUACAUUACCGGGUUGUGAAAAUGGAUGCUCUCGUCACGGUCAAUGUACACUAGAAGAAGGAGAAUAUCGAUGUGUCUGUGCUGAAGGAUGGGCAGGAACUGACUGCUCUAUUGCAUUAGAGAUGAGUUGUAAAGAUAACGUCGAUAAUGAUAAUGAUGGAAUGACCGACUGUUCAGACAGCGAAUGCUGUACACAUCCGAUGUGUACCGAGCAUAUCAUGUGCUUGGCUUCUAAUGAUCCCGUUGAAGUGCUACUCCGAAAGCAACCUCCUUCAGUGACAGCUUCAUUCUAUCAACGUGUGAAGUUCCUUAUCGAAGAAAAUUCAGUACAAUCCUAUGCCCACAUGGAUGAAUACAGCGAAAGUGAGUUCUGGAACUCUUUUACACCGUGUCGAGUUUCUGUAAUGCGCGGCCAGGUGGUUACACCCCAAGGACUUGGAAUUAUUGGCAUCCGCGUAUCGGUGGAUCGUGACUCAAGAUUCGGUUUCACGCUUACUCGUCAGGGUGGAUGGUUUGAUGUGUUAGUGAACGGGGGAGGAGCAGUAACUUUGCAAUUUCAACGUUCUCCAUUUCGACCACUUACAAGAACAUUAUUUGUUCCCUGGAAUCAUAUUGUAGUUCUUCCACCUGUUCAAAUGCAACUGAACGACGAAGAUGAUCAGUCUAGGUUUGCAAUCAAACCAAAAUCGUCAAAUCCGGCAUACAGCUUCCUCAGCACUUCACAGUAUCGUUUUCUUGAAGACAUUCCUUCGCCGGUGGCAAUAUGUCUUGAACAUGACCAUGAAUUGCUAAAACCGCAACUUAUGAGCACCUGGAUGCCCAAUGGCGUUGGAUCCAUGCCAGGCAGGAGUGUGAUUUUUGCAGAAACGCAGAUCGUGCAAGAGUCUAUCCAAAUUCCUGGUUCGGAGCUACAUCUAACCUAUCAGUCUUCGCAAGCAUCUGGUUACAGGAGCAUUGUACGGAUGCAGUUAACACAUGAUAAAAUACCUGAAACUCUAACUCACGUUCAUAUUGGAGUGCAAAUAGAAGGCUCACUACACGUGAAAACCUAUGAGGCUGAUCCGAACUUAAGCUAUAUUUUUGCGUGGAACAAACGAAAUGUGUACAAACAGAAAGUAUAUGGUACCGCGGUAGCACGAAUAUCCAUAGGUUACCAACACUCUACAUGUAAGGACAUUAUAUGGGAGACUCAGACGGCCAAACUACAGGGAUUCGAUGUCGAUAUUUCAGACAUUGGUGGAUGGGGUAUAGACAUCCAUCAUCACUAUAAUUUUCACGAAGGCAUUCUGCAAAAAGGUGAUGGCACAACGUUGCAUUUGAAGGAAUAUCCGCGAAUCGUAAGGCCGGUUAUGGGCGAUGGCCAACAACGGCCAUUAAAGUGCAAAGACUAUUGUAAUGGAAUGUCGAAGCACGCUCGACUCUUAACUCCGGUUGCUCUAACCUCUGGUCCUGAUGGUAGCCUUUACGUAGGUGACUUUAAUCUGGUACGUCGCAUUACCACAAAUGGUAGCGUGUUAACCGUACUAGAGUUAGAGACUACUCAAGUGGCUUAUCAGUACUAUUUGAGCGUUUCGCCUGCAGAUGGACACCUCUACAUAUCAGAUCCAGAGAAGCACAAAAUUUUACGAGUUGUGCAGCUGGAAAAUGUGCCUGAUCCAAGCUCAAAUAGUGACGUAGUUGUAGGCAGUGGCCAAAGAUGUAUUCCCGGCGAUGAAGAAAACUGUGGAGAUGGUGGACCUGCCAAACAAGCAAGAUUGUCCCACCCAAAAGGGAUUGCUAUUGCAUCUGACAAAACAAUGUAUAUUGCUGAUGGAACAAACAUACGUGCGGUUGAUCCAAAGGGUACAAUUCAUACCUUAAUUGGACACCAUGGACAUCACAAUCACUGGAGUCCAGCUCCUUGUCGUGGAGCUUUACUGGCAACCAGAGCGCAGCUGCAAUGGCCAACUGGACUAGCUCUGAAUCCAUUGGAUGGUUCACUCCAUUUCAUCGACGACAGACUCGUGUUGAAACUUACGGCUGACAUGAAAAUCAAAGUUGUAGCUGGUGUACCGCUACACUGCAAUAGUAACGAAGAACUUAAUAAAACCACAUCCGAUGAUAUUCUCGGCACUGUUGUUGCAAUGGCUUUUGCACCAUCGGGAGAUCUAUACAUCGCAGACACCGAUUCAAGGCGAGUUUAUUCCAUUCGCGUGGUUGAUUCAGCUGGAAGCAUGCGUUCAUUUGCUGGGAGAGUGGAAAAUGGAAUGCAAACUUGUGAGUGUAACGAAGCAACCAUAAACAAAAACGACACCAGCUCCAAUAAUUAUAGCACAAUAAUACCAGCAACGAUGAAUCCGGACAAAUACAAUGGAAAUGGGAUGUCCAGUGUUCCCACAUCUGCGCAGCAGAAUCCCUCAGUCAUGAUGAUGAUGACUGGCUGUUUGUGUAAUAAUUACGGGAAUUUCAAUAACCAUCCGAGUAAUAGUGGCAACAACAAUAAACGGAAAGAAGAUAUGUCUGAAGCCCAACCGGAAACAAUUUUGUCGUCCAACAUCAGAUUUCAUACUAUCUCGGCAAUUGCAGUCGCCCAAGAUGGAGUCAUCAAUAUUGCAGAUCAAGGCUCUCUUCGUAUACUGGCACUUCAACAUUAUCUGCCACAACAUGACACCAAUGGAGAGUUUCAAAUACCAGAUACGCCAACGAACGAAAUUUAUGUUUUCAAUCGUUACGGACAGCAUGUGGCUACCAAGGAUUUAUCAUCGAGCAAAACACGCUACUCUUUUCUGUAUUCGAAAAAUACUAGCUUCGGAAAAUUGUCGACCGUGACCGAUAGUUCUGGCAAUAAAAUACAAUUUUUGCGCGAUUACAGCAAUGUAGUAAGCUCAAUAGAAAAUACACAAGAUCAUAAAUCUGAGCUCAAAAUAUCGUCAAAUGGUAUGCUAACAAAAAUUAUUGAGCGGAAAGGAAAAACUGAACUACAGUUUGACUACGAUAGUAAUAGUGGACUGCUCCUCAGUAGGACCGGCUAUGGCGAAACUUUUAUUUAUCAUUAUGACGAAUAUGGACGUGUAACGAGAGCAAUAUUGCCUAGUGGAGAAAUCUUACGAAUAAUAACCGUUUUGGGAGAUAAAAAUGACGAUUUGGGAGUACAGGUGGGUGAAAGUGUCCAUUCGCAUUUUUCUCAAGAACAAGCGACCCCAACCGUUUUUUCGCUAAUUGGAGGUAUCAAAAACGCAAUUAUUACAAAAGAUACUGAAAUGACCAUUGCGAAAAUCAGCCAUAUUAACAACACUUUAUCGGUUUUUUGUACUGAUGGCAUUACUAUAGAAUCAUUAGCUCUCGCUGCUCAUCCAUACUUGGAAAAGAUAAUGCCAAUCGAAGCUGAAAUGCUACCAAUGUGGUCUCACCAGGUGGUUACCAUGGGUGAUAGCCUAACAAAUUCUAUGUACUCAAAAUACAACUAUAUAGCAGUUGAUAACAAUCGUGUACCUCAGCAAAGCUUCAACCGUGAGAUUUGGGUAAACAAAAGUAGAGUGCUUAAGAUCAACUACGAGCAGCUACAAAACCGUGAACUGUUUAUCAAUAAGUAUGAUGAGAUUAUAUUGACAGUACUGUAUGACCCAUCGGGCCUUCCUAUUUCAUACUACCCUGGUGGUGAAAACAGUCGCUUCCUUCCACUCAAUAUAACGUAUGAUCGUUUCAACCGCAUUGAAGGCUGGCAGUGGGGACCCGCAGAGUUAAGAUAUAACUACGAUAUGAAUGGACUUCUAUCUGAAGUAACCAGUCAACAAGACGGAAUUAUAUCGUAUUCCUACAAUGAGCUGAAUCUGUUGUCAGAUAUUGCAUUGGGUAGUCAACGAAAAUUCAAGUUAUCCUACGAUGUUAAUGGAGGGUUACGACAUAUUACACUUCCCAGUGGUACUAAGCAUUCGUUCAGUAUUCAACCUUCGAUUGGUUUUGUAAGAUUUACAUACACUCCCCCCGGUAGUAACAAACCUUAUUUACAGCACUACUCUUACGCUGGCGCUUUGUUGCAAACUAUUUAUCCAGGAGACGGCGCCCGUAUUGUAUAUCGCUACAACAACGCAAAUUUAGUAUCAGAGAUAGUUCAUGGCGAUGGACGAAGUGAAUUUACAUAUGGGACCGCUUCUAGCAUGCCCUCGGCAGUUGUUCACACCGAACGAGACUUGGAGUACCGAUGGGACUUCGAUUAUAUCGGUGGGCUUCUAGUGGAAGAACGCGUAGAUUUUUCCGCUAAAACUGGGUUAUCUAAUGCAAAAUUUAGCUACGAAUAUGACAACAAUUUUCGUUUAAUCUCGAUUCAAGGAAGAAUAGGCGGACAAAAUUUACAAAAUCAAAAUUUUGGAUACAAUGAAAAAACUGGCAGUUUAUCCCAAAUUGGACAGUUCAAGGUAUCAAACCCAACGGCAAACCAAACCACAGUUGGUGACGGAACAGCCACAUUCUCCCGUACAAUAGAUGGUCGCUUUCUGGAAACUCUAAUAACCGUUAUGAUUCAUCGAAUGGCUGUUUUCAGGAUGGAGUUUACACAUGACAUGCAUGGUCGAAUCUCACAAACUCGCACUUACACGCGAAAUGUUGGCGUUAAUACAUAUACCAACGUAAAGAACUAUACCUGGGAUUGUGAUGGACAAUUAAUUGGUGUUGAAGCUCAGGAACCAUGGGGGUUCCGGUAUGAUGAUAAUGGCAAUAUGCUCUCGCUCACGUAUCGUGGAAACACAAUACCGAUGGAAUAUAGCAACACGGAUCGAAUAUUAAAAUUCGGCGAAGGACCAUAUAAAUAUGAAGUACGUGGUCUUGUGGCACAAAAUGCUCGGGAGGAGCGAUUCCACUACAACACACACGGUCUACUCAUACGAGCAACCAAACGAGGUCGUUUUGAUGUACGCUAUUACUAUGAUCAUUUGAAUCGUCUGGCCACUAGGAAGGACAAUUUCGGUAAUGUUACACAAUUCUUUUACAACAGUCAGGAACGGCUAAAUGAAGUGAGUCAGAUAUAUUCACCACGUGACGGUAAACUGAUGUCGCUUGUGUACGAUGACCGGGGACAUCUGAUCUAUGCACAAGUAUAUCGCCAUAAGUACUACAUUGCAACGGAUCAAUGUGGCACCCCUGUAAUGAUGUUCAACCAGUAUGGAGAGGGAAUUCGAGAAAUCAUGCGCUCUCCAUAUGGUCACAUUGUUUACGACUCAAACCCGUACCUCUACAUGCCAAUCGACUUUUGCGGCGGAAUUCUCGAUCAGGUUACAUCGUUGGUGCACAUGCCUAACGGCAAGGUCUACGACCCACUAAUAGGACAAUGGAUGACACCAAACUGGGAGAAUGUUGAUCAACGUAUCGGAAACCCGACAAAACUUCACUUGUACCGUUUCAAUGGGAACGAUCCUAUUAAUAACGAGCAUAGCAGAGAGCAUCCUGGAGAUCAUCUCGCUUGGAUCAAACUAAUGGGGUACAAUAUUAAAAGUCUGAUUCCGCAAACCAACGACGGACUAUACUCUCAAAAAAAUCCUUGGAGUCAGUCACACAAAUCAUCUCUAACGCCGCAAAUCAUGCAACCUAUUCGCAAACCGAAACCGGUGUCUAUUGAAUCGGGUUUCUUGUCAUAUCUAUCAGUAAGGAAAAUAAAAUCCUUGGUAGAUCUCACCACACCACCGAAAUCAGUACUCAAAUCGAAUGCCUUGAACGUUGAUUCGUUUAAAAUUGGCGCUGCGUCUGACCCUCCUUUUGGCAAAGGCAUUAUAGUAUCCCGUUCAUUUGAAGGGGAAGCGAUUGUGUCUAGUGUACAUGCGGCUAAUCCUAUAUAUCGUGAUGUGUAUACUUCAGUCUUUAAUCGAACGCAUCUCUUGCCAUUUACAUUUGUCGUACAUAACUCUCUACAGGAUGCAUUUUUCUUCGUAAAAGAAGAUUCUUGGAAGUCGACUGAAGAUCGACAACAACUUAAACGGUUACAAGGACAAGUAAACACGACAUUUCACGAAACGACUCGGGAGAAUGGCAGUGGAAACAAUCAUUUAGAUGUUAAGCUGCACAUUCAAAAUGCUGUAAUCAAUCUUAAAUAUGGCACCACCGCAGAAAAGGAGCGCCAGCGGCUUAUGCACCAUGCAAAGCUUCAAGCUGUGCGAAAGGCAUGGCAUCGAGAGAAAGAAUUACUACGAAAUGGACUGGUCAGUAGUUACGACUGGACGCAACUUGAAAUAGAUGACAUUAUUAAAAACGGUUAUGCGAAUCUCUAUGAAGGCGAAUACAUACACGAUAUUUUGCAGUACCCAGAAAUGCUUGAAGAUCCCUUCAACAUCAGAUUCGUAAAAAAAAAAGCUAGCCAAUCUCGGAAACGAAAACGAAGAGACAUGACCACUUUGGAUGCAACCAGAGAAAUAUCCUACUCUUCGUGCAUAGGUAGGUGUUAGCUAAGACAGUUUAAGAAGUUGGAUGGAAAACCUGUAUUAUAAUAGUAAGCAUACCAUCCGGCGCAGCCAAUUCUUCAAUAAAUCUCGCAAUGUUCCAUCAAAUGUAAGAAACCGAAAAAAAUACAUACACAGACAAAUGGUGAUUCGAGCUUUUGAGACUGUUGUCAUGAGUUAAUAGACAAAACAUAUUAGAAAUAUAAAAUAAAACAAAAAAUAAAGGAAAUAAGAAUGUAUGAGCAGAUAUAGAUAUUUACCACAAUUGACUAUUAGAGAUCAGAAUGAGAAUACCGUAAAUAAAUAGAGGAAAUAUUUAGUAACUAUGAUUCAAUUCAUAUACCUAUAACAAAACACAAAAAUCAAACAAAAAAGUGAUUAAUUGGUCAACCAAUUGGUUCAGUGUCAACACCACGAAUGCAAGUAAUACCGUAUGGUGGGUCUAUUCAUCUAAAAAUUAUUUAUGUUAGUUAUCUUUCUACGUUUCCACAAGUUCUGCAUGUUUUAGUGCCGAAGAUACACUGAAAAGUGUUUGCAUUAGUCGUUUUAGUGUGAAAGUUUAUGGUUGUUUCUACAUACAUAUGAACGAAAUUAAUCAUUUUUGCGCAAACCACCCUAAAAUGUUCAGGUGGAUAGAUAUGGCAAACCGUCAUCUUGAUGCAAGGAAUUUGUAGCUGCAUGUAAUAAAACCAACAAAAAUUUCAAUAAUUGCUGGAUGUAAUAGGUCAUUAAAUAUAUAGUUAGAAAAAAAUCUGAACACUGUGUAAACCUUUGAAAGUAGAAUGGAACUUUUACUGACAAUUUUACCAUUUGAGGCAAUUGGAACCUCUUGAUAGACAGAAAGAUCAUAUCACAGACAAGUAAUUUUCAAUUAUUAUGAGUAAAUUACAUCCUAUUUAAAAAGUGUAUUAUGAAGUUCUGAAUUGCUUCCUCUAUUUCUAGAAACAUCCUACUUUUUAACUUUACUCAGUUAUAUAAAGCAAUUAAUAAUUCAUAUAUACUAUAUAUUUUCUACAAUCUCCAAAAAAUAGAAUAGCCGUUAAAAUGUAUAAAAAAAGGUUUUUGGAAAUUAAUUUUUGUUUUGUUUGUUUAUUUUGGUGUUUUAAAAACUCAGAAAUAUUGGAUGCUGAUCUAGCAAAUUUCUGUGAUUCUUUUUGCAUAUUACCCGGUAUAUUGAAAAGAUACAGUGCCAAAGUGACAGUGUGCUUUGGUGAAAUAGAGUUAGAACAGAUUGCACUGAUGAAUUCGGUUUGUAGGUGACGAAAAUCGGCCGGUUCUUUUUUUUAUUUUUAUUUCGUUUAUAGAGGUUUAACC